AUGGACGUCCACUUCGUCUACGUUUUAGAGUGCGAGCACGACGCGUACUACGUCGGCGUCGCGAGAUCCGUCGCCGAGCAUCGCGCCGGCGUCGGAUCGACGUGGACCCGAAUCCAUCCACCGCGUCGCGUCGCGCGCGAAAUCGCGUUCGCGUCGCGCGCGAGCGCGCUGGAGGGCGAGGACGUCGAGCUGAAACGGAUGAUGCUGCGCCACGGCGUCGAUGCGGUCCGCGGCGGGAGUUACGUGUGCCCGAAUCUGACUCGGGAGCAACGCGCGGCGUUGGACGGCGAAAUCGCGCAUCGCGAGGGGCGGUGCCUGCGAUGCGGGAGACGAACGCACGUCGCGAGGGAUUGUUUCGCGCGCGCGCACGUGAAUGGGUACGCGCUGAGCGCGCCGGAGGGAUCGAGAUCGCCGAAUAGAGAUGGACGAUCGGCGGUGCGCAGGUGCGCGCGGUGCGGACGGGCGAGUCACUCGGCGCCGUCGUGUUUCGCGAAGUUUGACAUCGACGGAGAACGCCUUUUUUGGGGCGAGCGGCGAUCGAACGCGGAGUCGUCGUCGUCGGAGUACGAGAGCGCGGAAGAGACGUUCAUGAUGUAG